AUGUAUGACAGAGCAGCACGAGAUUUUGGUUUUAUUGCUGGGUCUACUUCUGCUAAUGUUGGCCCAGGCAGUUAUGACCCUGACCUGCCAAGCAAAGCACGUCUUAAGUCAGAUGGUUAUGCUCCAUUUCUAUCUAUGACAAGCCGUGACUCAUUUCUAAACAUUGGUGAUAAUGUGGUGGCAGCACCUGGACCUGGCCAUUAUGACCCAAACAUACCACAGAAAAAUAUCAAGGGUGGACAUACACUUUCAACAAAGGAGAAGAGAUUCAAGAAUCUUUCAACUGAUACUCCUGGCCCAGGAACUUACAACUGUGACAAAAUCCAGGACUUUCCUCAUAAGGUUACAACUGCUCCAGAUUUUGGAACAGGAAAGCUUGUAAGCAGCAGAGUCAAGUUUCAUAGAAAAGCAGACGCACCAUCAAUUCCUUCAAGAGGUCUGGCAUAUGGAUAUGAAGAAUGUGAAGAUGGAACCUUGCGGAAGCAGGAGGCACCAAGCAGGGAUACCACCAUUGGUCCUGCAUUCUACAACCCACACAGUACGGAUCCGAAGCCAACACGGCAGUACAAAGGCGUGCACUUUGGCAAAAUGACCUCCCAGCGGACGGACUUUGGUGGUAAAGGUGGCCCUGGGCCUGGAGACUACGACCCUUACAAGGAGGUGCUCAACAAGGCCGAGAACGCCAACGUGCACGACGAAGAAGUCGCCGCUAGAUUUGCUCCGAUCAAGAACGCAGUCCCCCCACCAGGCACCUACAACGACCCCCGCACAGCCCUGGAAACUGUGAAGCGAAUCUCGGGGUUGAAACGAAGUCCCUUUGGUCAGACCUCCGUCCGUUUCCAGCCUACCCAUCAUAAUGUCAAGGACACUCCAGGUCCAGGCACUUACAACAGCAGCGGCAUUGGGGCGGAAAGCAUGAAGAAGGCAUACCUGGAGAGUACCCGUAAGGGGGUGUUCGGCACCACCGCCCCCCGCUACACGGGUAUGCUUAUGAACAGCGUGGAGCAGCCCGGCCCCGCCCACUACCAGGUGAAGGAGAAACCAUUCCAGGCCCGCUACACACAGCCCACCGCCAACUUCGCCUCCGUCACCAGCAGGCUGCCCUGA